AUGUACUCGUCGUCGACCACAGCCGCGUCUGAACGGAGCCGUCGCUCAAGCCUCGAUUCCACCGUUGUUGACUUCUCUCCAUACCUGGACACCGAGUCUGAUCCCCUAUUACGAUUACCCAAACCAUUUGACCACCACGACUAUCAUGAUUAUCAUCCACAUGGACCGUACCACUCCAUCGCUACCGCCAACCCCUCCUCGCCCUCCCUUGUCUCCAUCAGCCACCCGUCCCAAUCCCAGCCCUUGUCCCUCCAGCUCAGACAGAGAAUCAACCGCAAAACAGACCUCCUCCUUCUCCCCCUCCUCUCAAUCCUCUACCUCUUCAAUGGCCUCGACCGCGGAAACGUCGGAAACGCUCAGACUCAGGGGUUCACAGCGGAUAUCGGUUGCGAGCCGGCCGAUCUGAACCUGGCCAUCUCGGCGUUUUGGGUCAUGUUUGUUGCUUGUCAGCCCGUAUCGGCUGCCUUUGGGAGGAGAUGGGGAGGGAGAGUGUGGAUUGUUGGAAUCAUGGCCUUUAUCAAGGGAAGAGUCUCUCUCAUAACCACCCGCCUCCUCGUCGGCGCCUUCGAAGCAGGCUUCUACCCCACGGCUCUCGCCUACUUGACGGCUUUUUACCCCCCGUUUGACCUUGCUGUGCGCAUUGCGCUGUUUUACGGACAAUAUGCCGUGGCAGGGGCGUUUUCUGGGGCUAUAGCCUAUGUCAUAUUCCGGAUAGAGCACCCGACGCUUAAGAGCUGGCAGCUCCUGUUCCUCAUCGAAGGUGGUGCGACAUGUCUUGUCGCACUGUUUGCUUGGGCGUGGUUGCCCGAGGGGCCGGAGAGUGCUUGGUUUUUGACGGAAGAAGAGAGAAGGGUAUUUAGGAGACGUCGUCGGGUCGUGGACCGAACGACAGGUAAAGGAUGGACAACGGAAAGUGAUGAUGAAGGAAUGAACGGGAGGUACCAUGGCGAAGAAGAUACCGAGAUUCAGCGGAUGGUAGUAACAGUCCCAUCCGCUGAAGAUGUUGAAGAAGAAGAAGAAGAAGAAGAAGAAGAAGCAUCCGGACGUCUGGUAACAUGGCGAGAAAUCGUCCAAGUCGUCCGAGACUGGAAGCUCUGGUUGCUUCUCUUCUGCAACAUCUGCGCCAGCGUUCCCAGCACCGCAUUCUCGGUAUUCCUGCCUUUGGUAGUAGAGGAUAUGGGAUUUUCCUCUCUACAAGCUAACCUGAUGUCAGUCCCCCCCUUCAUCUUCGGCGCCUUAGGCGUCUACCUCUUCGCCCUCUCCUCCGAUCGUCGUCGAGAGCGCGGGUAUCACAUCAUAGCCGGCCUGGCCAUUUCCGCUGUCGGGUUGGCAGGUAUUCUUUUUCUGACCAGUUCCACUUCCACUUCGCCGACAGGCAAAUACCAGUACGUGGCUUUGUGCGUUCUUCUCUUUGGGAGCUACGUGCCCCCGCCUCUGACGGCUGCUUGGAUAUCGAAUAACACGCACGGAGACCCGAAUAAGGGGGCGUUGGUGCUGGGGAUUAAUGGGUGGGGAAACCUGGCGGGGGUUAUUGGGAGUUGGGUUUUUAGGGUUGGUGAUGGUGAGCGUGGUGGUGACCAAGGGAAAGGAAAGGGAGAUGGGCAUGGAGAUGGGGAUAUGUAUAGAAAGCCUUUGUUGAUUACGCUUGGGUUUGUGGGGAUGGCGAUUAUAGGGUUUUGGGUGUAUACGGAGGUUUUGAGGUGGGAGGAUAAUAAGGAGAAGACAGCGGAUGAGGAUGAGGCUGAAGUUGAAGCUGGGAAGAUGGUGGAGGAGAGCAGCAGGAUAACGGAUGAUGAGAGAAAGCCAUGUUCUAGGGAUGGUAGCUUGUAA